AUGCCGGAAACAGACGAGGAGAAAGUGAAAAGAUAUACCGACUGCCUAGCAAAUGGGGUCGAUCCAAAACGAGCGCUGAAACGUUUGUAUGAUUUACAAGUGACUCCUGAAGUCUACAAGUCGUUGGACACAUACCGCUACGUCCAAAGAUACGAAUCGUCACCGGAGCUGGCAAAAUAUGCGAAACGAGUUCGUGACAAGCUCAUUGGGCGGAAGAGGGAGAGAGGGGACAACGUCAUAACGGGUCAUGAACACGAACACGGUACGCAUCAGGUAAAGAAGCCAAAGCAAGAGCAGGCGAAUCUUGAUGAGGAGUUUGCUGAAGCCAUGAAAGGAGGAGUGACUGCGCAUUCAGCAAGUGCUCCACGGGUUGCUGUGGACUACAGCAAAUACAAAGUUACCAAACGUACGGAAGUGAAGGUGGAGCCGAAACAGGAAAUAGUGGAUGACUACGAACAUCAUGCAGUAUCAUUGUCUUCAUCAUCUUCGGCAGUGGCCAAGAAACCAAAGGAGUAUGCUCCGAUUGUGUCUACGAUCAGGCCACCGAUGCCACACCUGAAGAAGGCAAUACCACAGAGCGAGAGUUUGCAUGCUGACGAAAAUAUGUUCAAACCGCGGAAGGAAAGACAGAAAGUGUUCGCUGGAAGACGUAGAAAGAUCGGAGAGGGAGUUCCCUCGCUCAUUUCAAUGUGCCAGGUCGUUCUCACAUCAAACAUUGACAUGAUCGACCAUGUCGGUGUCGUUCCAUUCAACCUUCUCGAGCCAGCACUCAAUCAUGCUACCACCGAGCAACUUCGUCGCAUUCUGGAUGCCAAUCCUCUUCUUGUGAAAGACGCCGACAAAAUGUUCUACGAGAAAAUUGUACAAGAGUUUCCAAAGUACGCGGAUCGCGAGAUGGACGAGGAUGAUACUUGGCGGGAGUUAUAUGAUAAGCUCGUUGAACGGAAAAAGAGAAAGGCCGAUGACAAGCUAGAACGACUGACAUCUCGGAUAGGAAAGGCUCACACUGGUUCAAAUCAAGGACGGCAAACGAUGGUGAUCGAUAUGGCUCACACUAGAGUUCGUUCAGGAGGAUUCUUCAAUACUGUGAGAGAGAGUCAAGUCAAAAUGACACCGACGCCGUCUGCAAUCCAGCUCUCACAAGCAAGAAAGAAUGUAAAGACUGAAGGAAAAGCUCAACUCAGAACCAUCACUCCACGGGGAGGACGACUUCCAACGACUUCCCGUUCUCGUUCAAACAACAAUGGAAGUAGUGGUGUGGUUGUCAAAAAAGUCGCACCUCUUAUGGCCAAAUGCAGGAAGAUGUUGAAAAGAUAA